AAAAAAAAUGUGAAGACAUGGUUAUGCUUCGUUUGGCAUUUCUACUCUCAUUCAUUCAUUUCUGAUUCUAAUGCUCCAAAUUGAGAAUGGCGUCGUCUCUCUCUGCCUCGUUUCUCUGCACUCACUCUUUGCAAUCCCCAACGUUGAAACCUCCCUCCAAGCCUCAUUGCUUCGCGCGUCUUCGUCUUCCUGUUCCCUCCAAAGCUUCUUCCCGAAACAACAAUGUCAACACUGAUUCCGCUGAAUCUCCGUCCCUCCAACCCUCUUCACCUAAACCGCCUUCUGAUUCCCCUUCUUCUCUGCUUCGUCGUUUUAGAAAUGGAUGGCUUAAAUUUGAUGAACUUGGGAUGGAAAUAGUGCUCAUUGCACUGCCUGCUGCUUUGGCCUUGGCCGCUGAUCCUAUUGCCUCAUUGAUUGACACAGCCUUCGUUGGCCAUAUAGGGGCAGUUGAAUUGGCUGCUGUUGGGGUUUCAGCUUCUGUGUUUAAUCUAGUGUCAAAAGCAUUCAAUGUUCCUUUACUUAAUAUUACUACAUCCUUUGUUGCGGAGGAGCAGGCACUGAUGAGGAAGGAGGAAGAGUUUAGUCCAAGUGAUGAAAAUGGAAAGUACCAAAGCAAGAAGCUUCUUCCUUCAGUUUCAACUUCUUUAGCACUUGCUGCAACUCUUGGAAUUGCUGAAACUGUGGCGCUUACCCUUGGAUCUGGCAUUCUUAUGAAUAUCAUGGGUAUACCUGCUGAUUCUCCAAUGCGUGGACCUGCUGAGCAAUUUCUUACAUUGAGGGCUUUUGGAGCUCCAGCAAUUGUGCUCGCAUUAGCUGCACAAGGCACUUUUCGUGGAUUUUUGGAUACAAAGACACCUCUGUACGCUGUUGGUGCGGGAAACUUUCUUAAUGCCGUAUUGGAUCCGAUAUUAAUAUUUUUUCUUGGCCUUGGUGUUAGUGGUGCUGCAGUUGCUACUGUGAUCUCUGAAUAUUUAAUAGCUUUCAUUCUGCUAUGGAAAUUGAGUGGCGAAGUUCUACUAGUCCCUUCCGAAUUUGAUGGGAGAAAAAUUUUCAGCUAUUUGAAAUCUGGUGGUCUUCUUACUGCUAGGACUUUGGCUGUGUUUAUAACUAUAACACUGUCAACAUCUGUGGCAGCUAAGCAGGGUCCUGUAGCUAUGGCAGGUCAUCAAAUUUGCAUGCAAGUUUGGUUGUCUAUUUCUUUGAUCACUGAUGCUCUAGCGCUUGCUGGUCAGGCACUUCUGGCCAGUUGUUACUCCCUGAGAGAUUAUGAGCGAGCACGCCUUAUUAUAUAUAGAGUGAUACAGAUUGGUUUAGGAUUAGGAAUCACUUUGUCUUUUACCUUAUUCUUUGGGUUUGGAGCAUUUUCUGGUUUAUUUAGCACAGAUUCUGAAGUUCUGGACGUUGCUCAGUCAGGUAUACUGUUUGUUGCUGGAUCUCAACCAGUGAAUGCUUUGGCAUUUGUUAUAGAUGGGAUUUAUUAUGGGGUAUCAGACUUCGGAUAUGCUGCUUACUCAAUGGUGCUAGUUGGACUAGUCUCUUCAACGUUCCUUCUGGUGGCUGCUCCAGCAGGACUUCCUGGAGUCUGGACAGGAUUGUUCAUCUUCAUGGCUUUGCGUGUUCUAGCUGGAGUUUGGAGGUUGAGCAGCAAAACUGGGCCUUGGGAUACAAUCUGGUAUACAGAUGAAGCAGAAGAUUGACUAACAUGCAUUCAACGUCAUGUAUUGAGUACUCAGAAGUUCCAACUUUCACAUAUCAGGUUAAAAAGCCAUUUUCACGAUGAUCAGGACAUGAUUCUCAAGCGCUCUAAUAUGUGGACACUGACUCCCUGCAAUUCAAGAGAAUCCACUAUCAUUGCAGGACUAUAGUAAAUUAUUAAUGUUGAAGCAAUUGCUGCAAACCAAUUACCAAAAUCUUGCUGGUACAAGUAGAGUUUGAAUAGUCAAUAGAAUGAGGGAGAAAAUUAUUGAAUUACCACCCUACAGCUUAGAGGCAAGUCAUUUUGGCUUUUUUUUUUUUUUUUUUUUCAAAAUUUGUAUUUAUUAGGAAAUUGUGCACAAGUUUGUAUAUUUUCAUUGCUAAAGGUAGCUGCAUUAGAGAAUCAGGUACUCCGACUUACCAAGUUAGGAGUGUAGUAUGUACACAUCUUUUAAUAGUCAUUACAUUAAUAGUUAUCAUUAAUCUUCAAGCAAUUAACAUUAUUCACUCAGUAA